AUGCGUCAGCUCAUUUUUCUAACAUUUUUGCUGCUUCCGGCCGCGGGAUUCGAUUCGACGCUCAAAUAUGGCUGCAGCAAUUCGCAUUGCUCAUUUCAGCUUGUUGUGCCACAGAUUGUCGCCGAAUUCAUUGAUGAGAACGAGCUUUCGCUCACGGUGAAUAAAAUAAAUUUGAACUUGCUAGCUUUGUCGGCUACUGUAAAUCAAACAGUUGACAAUAAUGUCGCAAGUUUUAAGACGAAAUUCAAUAAUCAAUAUGAGCCAAUCAAUCAGAAUGCUUCCGACACUUUGAAGUCCGUUGAUCAAUUGAAUUCCGACACAAAUUAUUUGGCGUACAAGACAAAUCACUCCUUGUCGGUGUCGGCGGCGUUAGCCAAUUCGAUCGACUGCUUCAAGAACGUCAGCGCGUUCAGCUAUUUGUGCUAUUCGCCACCGCAACCGCUCUCGACAACAAUUCGGACCACUGUGUUUACUACUGCCAGAACGGCGGCUUCGGACGCAACUGAGCCAACUGAAAAGCCUGUAACUGAUGGCUCCACGGCCACCACUGUAACUGAUGGCUCCACGGCCACCACUGUAACUGAUGGCUCCACGGCCACCACUGUAACUGAUGGCUCCACGGCCACCACUGUAACUGAUAGCUCCACGGCCACCACUGUAACCACUGUAUCUAAAGGAAGCGGCGAAGAAAAUUCGUUUUAA